AUUUUUGUUGUCGAUAUUUGAAAAGUUUUGAGAUAAAUUUGACUUAAAACUAGUGAUAAAAUGAAGUGAAAAAGUUUAAAUUAAUUAAAAAUGAUGACAAAUUCACAAUUGAACCGUGGCAAAUGGAAAUAUUUCCAAAGUUUCACAUCAUCAUUAAGGAAUGUCUUCAUACUUUCGCUGUUUCUAGGAAUCGUGACAAUCUAUCUUUUGAAAAGUUUCAAUUUUAAUUUUGAAAAUAAAAGUGAGAGAAAUUCUCGAACAAUUUAUGAUCCCGAGAAGCCACUGCCGCCUUCAUCUUCCGUUUUGCAUACUUUUAAACAUACAGCAAUAUCAUCUGACUCUGAAAUAUGCAGUCAAAUAGCUAGAGGGAAGUGUUUAAUUGUCAUCAUCAAUGCAUUCGAAGAUCAAAUGUUCUUCAUCCUAUAA